AUGCAUAUUCAUGGUGGUGGGCAAGCCACAUCAGAACAAAGCAAUCCAAAUGGCUGGAACAAAGCCUCCAAGAAAACUCAUUGUCAUUUACAUGCAAACAAAAAUUUAACAGAUAUGGAGGAGAAGGUGGCUGACACCCUCAAAAUCAUUGAUGAUAAUGGGGAUUCAUUUGCUCAGAGAGCAGAAAUGUACUACAGGAAGAGGCCAGAACUGGUAAAUUUUGUAGAAGAAGCUUUUCGAGCAUAUAGAGCAUUAGCAGAGAGAUAUGAUCAUCUAUCAAAAGAGCUCCAAAGUGCAAACCGUACCAUUGCCACUGUCUUCCCAGAACAAGUUCAAUAUAGAAUGGAUGAAGAUGAUUAUGAAGAUAGUCUUCCAGGUUCAAAUUCAUCAUCUCCUAAACCCAACAAUCAAACACAAAAAUCAGGUAUUCCUGAAGUUCCAAAAAUCCCAAAGAAGCAUUUUAGAAGCCCAUCCAUGUUACUCUCCAGAAAGGGACCACUUAGGAGGAUAGCCAACUCUAAAAAUUCCAUUCAAACAACAACAAGUUCAGGGCUUAGUAAGGCUGAAGCACUAGCACAAAUAGACAAGCUACAGAAAGAAAUUUUGGCACUACAGACUGAGAAAGAGUUUGUAAGGAGCUUGUAUGAACGUUCCUAUGAAAAGUACUGGGAAAUUGAAGACCAGAUUACAGGAAUGCAGAAAAGAGUUUGCAGCUUGCAAGAUGAGUUUGGCAUUAGUACAGUCAUAGAAGAUAAUGAUGCUCGAGCUUUAAUGGCUGCUACAGCUCUAAAUUCAUGCAAAGAGACCCUGGCUAAGUUGCUAGAGGUACAUGCACUAUCUUCAGAAGAAGCUAAAGAAGCAUAUGAAAGGGUUAAGGAAGCUCAUGACAAGUUUGAAGCCCUUAGAGACCAAUUCAUUUGUAAACAUACGAGUGAACAAGACCAAGCAAUAGAACCAAAAACAAUAGAGGAAGAGAUAGUUAGCUUGGAAGAAGAUAUGCAUGAUGUGGGGCUUUUGCGGGAGAGGAUUAAGGAAAAGCUUGAGGAAGAUUCAGGUAACUCCCUCACUAUGACAGAAAUGGCAGAGAGGAUUGAUGAACUUGUAAGUAAGGCUGUUACCCUUGAAACCGUGGUUUCUUCUCAGAAUGCCUUGGUAAAGAGAUUGAGAUCAGAAACAGAUGAACUUCAGACAAAUAUACAAAGCUUGGAAGAGGAGAAGGAAAUGUUGAUAGAAGAUUCAGAAAAAGCCAACAAGAAGAUGAAAGAAUUGGGGGAGGAAUUGAGGAGAGUUAAAAUUCUCAACCUAAGUGUCAAAAGGCAAGACAACAGCCUCCAAACACAGUUCACUGAAGCUAGUUGUAAUCUUGAGCACCUUUCAGGAAGAUUGAAUAAUGUGAAGCUAGAUGAAGAGGGGGAGAACUUGGUACUAUACAUGAAGAAAAGUGCCCUAAAUGGAAAACUAAGAGAGGAGUCUGGAAAACCAAGUGAUAAAUUGUCUACUGAUAACUUAGCAAUCAUGAAGGAUGUUAUGACAACAAAGGAGGAGAAGGAAGAAUAUGCUGCAAAUUUCAAUGAUGUCAUAAAUGAGAAUGACAAUUCCAAUUUGAAGGAAAAUAAUAAUUUUAGGACUGAAGGGAUGAUUCCAGAGCCAAUACAGCAGGAUAAGGAUGAUUUGAAUGAGACAGUGAGCAAUCUUGACAUUGAAUCACUUGCUAUGGAGACUGGCGAGGAAGAAGACCAACCUAACUUGAGACAGACGUUUGUGAAUGGAUUAGAUGACAGAGAAAAGAUUUUGUUGGGGGAGUACACAUCAGUUUUAAAGGACUAUAAGGAUGUGAAGGUCAAGCUCAAUGAUGUUGAGAAGAAAAACCGGGACAGCAUUUUUGAGCUGGCACUUCAGGUAAGGGAAUUGAAGGACACUGUUGCCACUAAGGAUAAAGAGAUAAACACUUUACAACAGAAGCUAACCUGUUCGGAAACAAAUCCAGAUGAAAGUCCUCGCACCACUAUCACAGAAUAUAAAUAUACACCGCAAGAAGCGCUUCUUCAAAACGCAGCUCAAGGAGAUAAUAACAUGCAGGACCAUGAAAUUCAAUCUUCAAAUAUAGAUGCAAGUGUAGUGAGUACUUCUUUUGGAGAGCAACACCACAAUGUUGAAAACACAGGAAAUAUUGGUAUAUCACCUGCAAACGUGAUAUUAGUGAAGAUGAAAGCAAACCAGGUUGAUAAGCAGCAAUCCCUUUCACCCUUAGAAAAGAGAUUCCGAUCAGACAUUGAUGAUUUGCUGGAGGAGAACUUAGAGUUCUGGUUGAGGUUUAGCACCUCAAUUCAUCAGAUUCAAAAGUUUCAAAAUUCUAUACAUGACUUAAAAUCAGAGCUACGGAAAAUAAAGGAUAACAACAUGUCCGAAGGGAACUCAAAUGCUAUUCAAUCUGAAAUAAAACCAAUAUAUACACACCUAAGAGAGAUAAGAACUGAAUUAUCACUGUGGCUUGAACAUAAUGCAAUAUUGCAGGAAGAGUUACAAGGUAGACAUCCAUCAUUAUGCAGCUUGCAAGAUGAAAUAGCAGGAGCUGCAAAUCCAGAUUCCGCAUCAAAAAGAGAAGAACUAGGUGGGUAUCAGGCUGCAAAGUUUCAAGGUGAGGUUCUAAACAUGAAACAGGAGAAUAACAAGGUUUGUAGUGAACUGCAAGCUGGUCUAAGUUUUGUGAAGGGACUGAAAAAUGAAGUUGAGAAGAUGCUAGAAGAACUGAGUCAAACACUCGGAAUUAACAAUCACGGGCAUGUUCAUGACCAUAUGAAACACUCCACAAGUCGUGCUAGAAUACCCUUGAGGUCUUUUCUGUUUGGAAUCAAGUUAAAGAGGCAAAGGCAAUCGGCAAACAAUACAGUGAUCUAG